AGGAAAUGGUUCAAUUCUUGGAAAACCCGAACGUUGCUCAUUUCCUAGAUAAUUUAUUUCUUAAAAAAAAAAGAUUAUGGUAAACACUCUAUUUUAUAGAACUAAAGUUUGCUGCUUCAUUGAGUGAGUUAAACCUUAAAUAUUCAACUCUACUUAACCAAGAUAUAAUGUCUCAAAUAGCUUUGUUAACAAUAGGAUAUCCUGGAAAUGGGAAAAGUGCAACAGCAAACACGAUUCUGGGAUAUGAAGCAUUUUCUAAAAACAACAGCACUGCCAAGAUAGUGACAGAACCCUCUGUACAUACUUCUAUCGAUAAGACCAUUACGGUUGUGGACGGUCUUUGUUUGAUGGGGCUGGAUGAAGACACACUGUUUGAUGCUCAGACCGCGGUCCAGAUGUGUGGUGGUUCUGGUCUGAGUUCUGUCCUCGUUGUCCUGAGGUUUGGUGAGAAAUUCAGUGAGGAAGAAGCUAAACUUGUUGACGUGGCUCGAAAUGUGUUCGGACCCAACAUUCUGAGAGACUUUGGAGUGUGUCUUGUUACCCAUGGUGACGACUUUAAGUACGCUGUAGAGGAAGGCGAAGAGGACAGCAAGACAUUGGAUGUUUGGUGCCAGAAGCAAAAAGGCAAACUCCGCGCCUUGUUCAGUGAAUGCGGCAAUAGAUGUGUCAUGUUCGACAACAGAAUGAAAGACCCCAAAGAAAAAGGAAGACUUCUCAGCAUUGUAAGAAAUUUAUCUAAAAGCGGAUCAAAAAGAUACACACUUGAGAAUUUUCAUAAACUUCAUAGACGGACCGUUCCUAUGAGCCACAACAAACAACUGCAAAUGACAUUCAGACGACGACUUGAAGAAAUUCGAGGAAAGCUACAAAGCGAUCCAAGUGCUUACGACUUUGAACGUAUGUUAAAAGAAUUGAGAGAUAUUUCAGAAGAAGCGACACAAGCCUUUCAAGACAAAGAAUACAUUCAAACUGUCAUACACGAAGCCCAAGUUUUGACAAAGAGCAUUAAAUCUUUACAGGAAAAGUACUUUCUCCUCAGUAACGUAGACACGCAAACCAAGACUGAAGCAUCCGGUCAGGCUACUGUUCAAGAUUUUGAUCCUCUUACUUUUGACACGGAAUAUUUCCGCCAAGUAAGUCAGAAAAAAGCUGAUUCUGAAAAGGUCUAUAAUGACUUGCUGGAAAAAAACGUCCGUCAGUUGGAUACAAACCAUAAGCCACCAGCUUUGUCAGCUCAAGCAGCAAGAUCGAAACAUGAGGUCAAUGCAGAGGAUGAGCCAAAGGCGAAAUCAAUUCAGCCUUUAGAUGAUAUCAGCAUUCUAAUUGUGGGUAGAUCUGGCAAUGGAAAAAGUUCAACUGGAAACUCUAUACUGGGAGGUCGUGAGUUUCAGAUUAAUUCAGCCACUACGUCAACUAAGUCCAGCGUACAAAGUCAAAGGAAGAAGGUGGGAAAUCUAGGUGUACUUGUAGUAGAUGGCCCAUCUCUGGAAGAUGUCGCUCUGAAUGCUAGCACAAACUUGGACGAGAUGCUGGGAAGCUUCAAAGAAGCCCUGCAGCAGUGUGAUUACAGCUUCAACGGAGUGGCGGUAGUGCUGAAGUUUGGACAAAGGUUCACAAAGCAAGAGAAAGACGCCAUUGUGAUGAUCAAGUCCAUACUGGGCAAAGAGGUUCUCAGAAAGUACGGUGUUUGCGUUAUGACUUAUGGAGAUAACUUUGACAACGAGAUGGAGGAAAGCGAUCGCUUAGAAUUUAUUGAUUGGUGCAGACAGCAGACAGGAGAAAUCGCUGACUUAUUUGAAGAAUGCUCUUACAGGUGUGUCCUCUUCGACAACAAAACGCUAGAUGACGAAGUACAAUCUGUCCAAAGAGGAAAGCUUUUCAAUCUUAUAAAUACACAAAUUAGAUACAGUGAAGAUGAAUUUGUAGAAGCUGAGAAAGACUUUAAAGAGCUGAGCAUUCAGUGUGCCAUUCCUCUUUUAGAGCAAGCAACAAACACCAUACUUGCUCACGUUCGCGAAAAGAUGCUGCAGCUUGAGCUAGAGGCGCCAAGAGACAGUGAAACUUACAAACGUGAUAUGGAGUCCUUGUUGCAAGCUUUACAGCAAUACAAAACUAAUAUUGAAAGUUUGGGACAUCAUUCUUCUACAAUUUUUCAGAUUCAGCUAAUAGAUACAGUUCAACUUCAGAUCAACUCAAAGCUCAGACUGUGUCAGCAGACAGAAGAAUUAAGGCAACUUGACACGGCCAAACAAAACCUUCUCGGAACGCCAUCCAUAGGAUUUGGGGCAGAGGAAAAUGGAAGUUAUCUAGACCAGACCACUGAAUUUGUAGGGAAAACUUUUAAUCGUUGGAGCUUAUCUAACCAAAAAGCCCCAACCGAUCGCCUCAAAGAAAAACAAAGCAUGAUACGAGAUAUAGACAGACACCUCAAAGUCGCCGCCAGACGAAGUGAAAACAACAAAGACUUAGAUCAUGAAAUCGCUAAACUAAUCGAAAUGAAAGAAAAACUAACGCUUGAGGUACAAGCGGAAGGAGAUCACGGGUUUGAAAUGAUUUACCCACAUCCGGUGCAGAGCUCAUCAAAUCCAAUGUAUCCCUCCGCUCAGCGCACAGCUGGAAAUGCAGCAUAUAAUUAUGGACAAGAUCCACAAGGGCACUUUGGCUACCAAGCAAAUAGUUCAGUUAGUCUUUAUCCUGACUAUUCUUACCAGGGCUAUGCCCCAACAACGGGAUUUGAACAAUAUCCACCAGGAUACAACUCUUAUCAUCCAUCUCAUGGAAAGAAAACAAAGAGAGUAAAGGACAAAACUAAACGUUGGAAACAAGUAACGAAAUUUUUGGGAGAUAUUCUUUCUUUUCCAAAAAAGAUUCUUCAUGCCUUAAUACCGUAAUUAAAACAAAGAUUGCCUUCGGUUAAAACUUAAAUAACGUUUGACAAAUUUUUAAUUAGCCGUAAAAUAGUCCAUACCUAUAUUACAUUUAAUAAUAAAGAUGUCAAGUCAUCUAAAAGUAUAUUAAUGAAAUAUUUCUAAUGAUCUAUCAAAUUUGAUUCCACCUUGCACCUACCGCCUUUAGAACUAUAUAUAUUAACGGUCGGUUUUUACAGUUCCAUGGUUAGUGAGUUUACUAUACUGUAGUCUUUUUAUUCUACACUGUGCAACAAUGGUUAAGCUUUAGAUUAAAACAAAAACGUUUGCUAUCAUUUUUUUUUUCAAAUGAAGAAUAUUAUCGCUUAGACAAUUAUCACGAUAGUGCUCUAUGCUUUGCUAGGUGAGAUUUCGAAGAAAGAUUUGCGGAAAGAACUUUUUAAAACGCUUAUAUGAACUCACUCUGUCUGUCUGCUUAAAAGUGUGUACACGUUAUUUCUACUAUAUUCAUCCUCGUAUCAAUCUAUGUCAUUGACAUAGACAAGACAUAAAUCUAUAAAAUGUGUUGUGUUUAUUACACUUAAAUAAUUGUUAUCGCUAUUUCUCCGCCACGCAUUUCCUGGUCAAUUGGAUACUUUAUUUAUUGUAUCUAAAAAACAUCAAUUAGUAAACAAUUUUUUAAUUAUUUUUUUUUUUUUUACAUUGAAUGAGGGAAAUAACUUUUACAUUAUUGGUAGGUAUAGUUUUAAGGUCAGAGUUCUUCCCCUUUAGAUAAGCUUUUUUUUUUAAAGGAAUUGUUGAUAUAUUCUUUUACUAGUGCGGUUGUAUUUCAUUACAUUUUUAAUAGUUGAGUAAACGAAAAAAUUGAUAUAGAAAACAUUGAUAUAGAAAACAUUGAUAUAGAAAACAUUGAUAUAGAUCAGGUAACUGUAGAAGUGUAUCUCGUUCGUCCUGCGGGAUGCUAGACAAUGCUUUUUUCGUUACCUAAACUAUCUAGUCACAUUUAAACAUAUCUUCUUGUUCAAGUUUUAAUGAAAUUGUAAGUUUACGUUUUGUAGCUGCACACCUAAUGGUAUAAUAAUACUAAGGCUUGUGUUCGAGUCCGGAGAGAAUGAGGGAUGCAGUAUAGGCUAAAUGGGUAGCAAAACAAAACUCCCGUGAGGGUGAGCACGGGUUAGCGAGAGUCCACCCAUUGCACGGAGCGGAGUUGAAAGAGAGCCCUCUCGAAACUGUCGAAAAUCCAUGCACCGUUCCUCAAGGGACCGUUACAUUAAUGGCGGGUUCCCCCACGGUUAGCUUGGUACAGCAUAGGAAAAUGGCGGAGGUUUCCGGUGUGCUCGGUCUUCGGCCGUGUCUAGCCCAUGCGCUCGGGGACCAGAUGCAUCGGAAAUAGCAAUGCUUUACAUUGGCAUUGACCUAUGUCUCUUCCAGACAGAACUGUGUGUUCACACAGGUUUUUUUUUUUUUUACUGUUUGACGCGCAAACAGGUUUUUUUUUCAAACUUGGAGCUCGAAGAGCCUUCGGCUUAUCUCUAAUGACGAUCAAACAUUUUGACAUCAUGACUAAAUAUGUCCUCGGCAAAGGAUUUUCUUUUGGUCUCAAAUGUGUACAUAAAGCUUAAAUACGAAUAGCACAAAAAUAAGACUUACGUGUUUGUAAAGCAUAUUUUUUCUCUUUUAAUUUAUUCUUAAUGUGCCUCCCGUAAUACUGUUCUCUUAUUUCCCCAACAUUUUAGGUAAAACAAUACUUAGCAUUUAAAUUUCUUUUUUUCGAGACAGCAAAUAGUAGUAUGAUUUCGUGCCUCGCCGUAUUGUAGAUAAGAAUAGAGCUGUCUUUUUUCUCUUGGCAUAGAUCUGGAAUUUAGACCUCAAAUGAAUUGUCCGAGUGAAUACAAGGGAUUAUUCAAAAACUUGUUGGAUUAUCAAAUGUAUUUUCGAGGAUAAGUUUUUUGUUUUUUUGUAUAUAUUAGUGUGUUCUUUAAUUCACGGGCUAAGACAUUAUCUCCGUUCAAAGAAAAAAAAAAGUUUGAAAAAAAAGGGGGGGGGGUACCUUCAAAAAAGGGGCCAAAUAAAUGAUUUAAAGUAAUAGAAAAAGUGAUACAAGAAUUUACGGCCGAGAAAUAUGUGUGUGUGUGGAGGUGUCGGGGGCUCUUUAAAUCGGGUCAUCGCAAACCAAGUCAAAAGUCUAUUUCAGUAAACAUUAUUAUGCGCAUGGUAAAAAAGGGGAGGGGGGACAAUUGGAAAUAUCUGACCUGAUUUUAUGUUUCUGUCUUUUUAAAUAGAAUAAUUAAGUAACUAAGAUAACAACAUUUAUUUCUCUUUUUUUUUUUUAUUAAACUUAUUUAAAAAUCUAUAAACCAUAAAUUAAAAUAUUUCCGUAUGAAAAGAAUACAUUGAAUGUUGAUACAAGGACAUAUACAGAAUAUUAAAAAUACUAAUUAAACAAGAAAUUGUGUUUAAAAAUAAUUUAAAACGUGUUUAUUUCAUUGCAUUAAAAAUGUUAGGAAUAAAAAAGUUUCGUAAAAAAAGUAUCUUGUAGAUUCUGUAAAAUGUCGACCAAUGGAAACCUCAGGCACGCAUGUGUCAGGACUUUGCACUUGUUUCUGUAGAGUUCAGAUAUAUCGUGUAAAAAUUUAAACAACAUUAUACGAGCUAUAAAUGUAAAGUUUUCGUAAGAUUAUUAUACACUUGUACAAUGUACAGAUUGCCUCCAUUUGAAAACAACAUUAUAUAUGAGAUUAAUUUUGUGUUUUACCUUUUACCCUAGACCUUGAAUAAAGAGCUUGUGUAAAGAAA